UUUGAAAUCCUUGGGGGAACGGUAGAAGAUAGCCGUUAAAUCUUCGUUGUAAGUGGUUCGAGAUAGCAGUUGUAAAAUCUCACAGUGAAUCCUAUUGGCAAGGGUUGUUUGCCAAACUAGUGCGGUGCUUUGACGGAGUUCAAGAGACCGGGACUUAGUGGAUUCGGAAAUCCUUGAGGAGGAGCCUCGAGAUGUCUAACAACAACCAUAACCUCACUCUUCGCUCGAUCCUCGACAAAGAUAAGUUGACCAGCUCCAACUUCUUAGACUGGCAAAGAAACCUCGUUAUCGUUUUUCGACUUGAGAAGAAAGAAUAUGUGCUCGAACGAGCCAUCCCACCUGUCCCGGCCGCCAAUGCUUCUAGAGAAAUCAAGGAUACUUAUGAGAAGCAUGUUAAUGAUGACAAUGAGGUGGCAUGUCUCAUGUUGGCUACGAUGACUUCUGACCUUCAGAAACAUCAGGAGAAAUUGUACAAGCAGUUUGUGGUUAAUUACGAGAUGCAUGAACUCGAUAAACCACUGCCAGAACUUUUGAAGAUGCUGCAAAAUGCCGAACAGAGCUUGACGAAAGGAAAGGGGAAUUCUGUCCUUCUGGUUCAAGGAGGUAAAGGCAAGGAGAAGUUCAAGAAAGCAAAGAAGAAUGGACCUAAAGGCAAGGGUAACACUGAACCAAAGUCCAAAUCUUCUAAGCUCAAGUCUAAAGGUGGAGUGGCUAAAGAUUCCAUUUGUCAUCACUGUGGUGAAGUUGGCCACUAGAAGAGAAAUUGCAAGCAGUAUUUGGCAACCAAGAAAAAGGGCUCGAGUUGAUUCAUAUCCUUGACCACAUAUAGAGGAUCGUCAACUCUCUAUAAGGCCCGGAGUCAAAGAUUCAAAGGCCUUUUGGUUACUUUGAACCCCCACUCACCUCAAGCGCUCAAACAAUGAUUCCAAAAGAUGAAAAAGUUUAUAAAAGAGCGAAUCUUUCUUUCAUUCUAACUCCCAUGCACAAAGUAUUCAUGAAGAACGUUUGAUACACUUUAAUAAACUUUAACGUCUAAUGAUGAAAAUAUUUUGCAGGUCUCCUUGAACUACUCAAGCAUAAGAAUUGUAAUCUAUUCACAUAAAAGAACAUUACAUAUUUUCAUUAAAUCAAGAGUUGUUUAUUGU